AUCAACUUUAACUUUGUCGUACAUUUGACACAAACCUUAUAUAUAUACCCCACCACCAAUCCCCCAUUUUCCAUUCAUUCCAUACAUAAAAAUCACAACUCACAAGAAUCCAAUACACUAAACACUCUCCUUCCCCGCUCUCUCCAUCAAAACCAAAGAAAAGUCAAGCCCAGAAAAGUAAAAAUGGAGCCAAACAAAUUGCCAGUCAUAACAAAGAGGUUUUGGAGCCUGGUCAGGGCGGCGCUCUUCAUGCUCCGGCAAGGCAUCUCCAAGAGGAAGCUCAUGCUUGAUCUCAACCUCAAACUCAAGCGCCGAAAGAUCGAAGCCGCCCGAAAAGCCGCCUUCAGCAACCUCAUCUCCUCCUCGUCCACCCCUGUCGCCACCGCGGCCACACCCAAAGACUUCGUCGACCCUUCCAACGCCUACGAGUUCAGCUGCGACAGCCCCGCCCACCCCGCCCCCUCCGCCGCCUCGCUCGGCUUCUUGAACAUUGUCAUCAAGAAGCUCACCAAGCUCCUCCGCCAGUCCGCGGCCGCCCACUCGCUGCCACCCGGUGAGGAGGAGGAGAUGGUGAAGGCGGCGGAGGAGAUCGUGCUGCGGAGCGCAGCGGCCUCUCCGGCGCUGCCCGGGUUCGGGGCGACGCCGUUAGUGAGGCCGCUGCGGGUCACGGACUCGCCGUUCCAGUCGAGAGACGGUAACGGCGGUUAUGACGGCAGCGACGUGGACGAAGACGCCGAGAAGUUUAUUCGCAGGUUUUACGAAAAUCUGCGGCGGCAAUGUUCUCAGUGACUCAUCAUCUUACGAUUCGGGCCGGGUCGGGUCGUGAUGAAAUUACCAAUAUUGGAAUAACAAGGACGGGUCGGAUCUUGAACUGUGCAGCAUAUGAUUAGGGCACGCGAUCUAAGAUCUGUGGUGGUUGCGUGAACGGAAAACUGUACUUUGCUUUUUUGCUUUAUAAGUCCUGCUUUUUGUUUCACUUUCUCGAAGUUUCAUAGGUAGAAAAAAACAGUGAAAAUGUAAUGUAAAAUCAUGAACAUGAAAAUUUAAAGAGUGUUGUCUGUAUUUUAUACGAGUGUAUUUUCAAAAUAUAGUUUCAAUUUCAAUGAUUUAUCAUUGCCUCAUUGGAUUCACAGUAAGAUAUAUUCACAUCGGCAAUCGGCAAUUUUUU